AUGUCUAAUGGAAAGAUCCCGGCGCCAACCGUCCCUGUUGGCAUGCACCGCCUGUCGGCGCCUGACGCUCUCGUGCCUGUCUGUGGUCGCUGCCAGGCCUCGGGCGAGGAUUUCCAGACCCCCCCGUCCGAGGAGUCGAAUGGGAUGCUCGUCGACGACCUCUCUCCCGCCUGGCUGGACAGCGCAGUUUCGUUGCCAGCUGAUCUCGGGAUACCAGCAAGCUUCGCACCAGAUGCUAGCAGCAUCGCCAGUGCCGGACACGAGCUGUUCGAUUUCGGAUUGAUCAACCCCCUGGCUGCUCUACUACCAGAACUUCCACCUUGCCCAUCCCAUCGUCCUGCCGCAGAAGGCUCUCCACAAUGUUCCGUCGUAUCUGUUAGCGGUCAUGCAGUACAUUGGCGCUCACUACCAUUACGACGAGUCUGUCCGAGAUGCGUUGAAAGACGCUGCAUAUGCCGUCCUGUCAGAACAGCAGACCCCCGGAACGGCUUCACAGUCCAGAGCAUGCUCCUCCUCGCCAUCGUCACCCAUGCCCAUGGCCGCGAGGACGAAGCGAAUCAGAUCCUGCGGUCUGCGGUAGACCUGGCUCUCGAACUGGGCAUGGACCGCGCAGCCUUUGCCCGGGAGAACUCGAUGGGCAGCAGCUUGUGGGAGGAAAGUUGGCGGCGGACAUACUGGGAACUGUACAUUGUCGACGGCCUGUUUGCUGGUCUACGCGAGCAGAGCACAUUUUCACUGUACGGGCGACCAUCGGAUCUGAGCUUGCCUUGCGAGGAGGAGGAAUAUCAUGCGGGAAAUGUCCCUCCUAUGCAGUACACACUGGAGGACUUCCGACAAAACUGGUCUCUUCACCCGAACGGGAAGAGAUUCUCGUCCUUUGCUUAUCGUGUCGAGGCGGUGCGGAUCCUGGGCAUGGUCCCGGGACUCAGUCAAUCAACCGAGGUCGACAGUGAGCCCCAGGCCGAGACGAUCGAUGCUUGUCUUGCCGGAUGGUUCCUGCACCUGCCUGCCUCGAAGCGCGACCCGAUGCUGAGCAACGGGCGUGUCGACGAGAUGCUGUUCCAGGGUCAGAUAUUAUCUACAUGUACGCAGCCUAGACAUAACAAUAGGAACAAUCCACCUCCACCGCACCCGGUCCAUCAUGCGCUUCGCAUCCUUCCACACCCUGACAUCCUGCACACGCUACCGCGCCUCCCGACCGCCCUUGACCUUGGACGCGCUGGACCUGUCGUCGAAGAAGCUGAUUCGCGCAGCCGAUCAGCUCUCCAACCUGGUGGCCCUCCCAACCGAGAUCAAGCGACACAGUCCCUUCCUGAUCUGCGCGGUGGCCAUGGCCGUGAUCGUGCACACGGCAGCUUGUGUGAUGGCGUCGGGCACCGAGCAUGCAGAGUCUAUCGAAGCCAGGAUCCAGCUGGCUGCGGGAGCGUUCAAUCGGCUGGCGGAAUGCUGGCCGUUGGCUAG